AUGCAUAUAAUGUCUCUAUUCAAGGUGAUUGUGAUUCUGUUGGUAGCUUCCGUUUUUGUUAUUGAGAGUCGACCGUAUCGUAAACGACGUCAGGAUGUACGGUCGAGUGCAUAUUAUGGGUCAGGACCGGGUGGCUAUUCAAAUAUACGAUAUAAUUUAGGUUUAUUUGGCUUGGGAGCUAAUUUGCAACCGAUUGGGAAUAAUUGGUUUGUGCCUGGUAUGCCACAGAAUCCGUUCUAUUAUCCGAUGGGCUAUAAUCUUCAGAGUUACGCCUAUCCAAAUUCAUUCAAUGCUUAUGGCACUGGACAAUAUGGUGGAAGUGGCAGUCCAUAUCCUGAUGAUCUUCAAGCUUAUAUAGGUCAAUCCUAUGUGCCACAAAAUAAUGAGUGGUUACCAUUGCCGGGAGUGAAUCGUCGAAGUCGAUAG